AUGGCCGCAGCAGCAAAGAGACUCGUCGUCUGCGGAGGCAAUGGCUUUCUAGGAUCAAGAAUAUGCAAGUAUGCUGUAGGAAGGGGCUGGGACGUCAUUUCCAUCAGCCGCUCAGGACAGCCGAAAUGGGACAAUGUCACUUCCUCAGCAGUUGCGCCAAGCUGGUCCCAUCAAGUGACAUGGGAAAAGGGCGACAUUCUCAAGCCAGCGAGCUAUGCGCCAUUUCUGCAGGGAGCUGAUUACGUCGUCCACAGCAUGGGCAUCCUGCUUGAAGCCGACUACAAGGGUCUCGUGUCCGGCCGCGAGUCCCCCAUUGCCGGCUUCCAAAAGGCCUUUGCCGCGACAAAGGACCGCGGCAUCAACCCGCUAGACAUGAAGCCCGGCGAGGAAAUCAAGCCGCCUAAUCCGAACGACCAAUUCUCCUACGAGGUCAUGAACAGAGAUAGCGCUGUCGCCUUGGCCCGCCAUGCUUCGGAAGCCAAGACCAAGGCUUUUUGCUACAUCUCGGCCGCCGGCGGAUCGCCCAUGCUGCCGCAGCGCUACAUCACCACCAAGCGACAGGCUGAGAACACCAUUGCCACCCAAUUCCCAGAGAUGAGGGGUGUCUUCAUCCGGCCGCCUUUCAUGUUUGACGAAUCAAGAAAAGUGACCAUGGGACUGGCGGCCAUGGCCGGCGCCGGAGCGCUGUUCAACAAAGUCACAGGCGGCUACCUGAACACAUUCAUGGGUGCCGCAGGCGCCAAGCCAGUCAAGGUAGAAAUGGUUGCCGAAGCCGUGGUGGAAGCGCUCGCCGAUGAGAACAUUAGCGGACCUAUCGAGACACCGCAGAUGGAAGAGCUGGCGCACAAGGCAUGGAGGAAAACAAUGUUGUAA